AAAAGGGGGGUAAAGGGAAAGGGACAGCAAAUUUCAUUCCCCAAAAUUCCCCCGCGCCAGUGAGCAAGCGAGCGACCAGCAUGGCUAUAGAUCCCAACCACGCCACCGCCACCGCCACCGGCGCCGCCGCCACACGGCCGCUGAGACCCAUAGCUCCCGCACCUCCUCCUGCUCAUAUGUACACGGUCCCUAUUCGGGCCCAAUCUUCACCUGGUGCACUUGUCUACCCAUCUGCCCGCGCUCCCUACCCAUCUCCCCUCAAUUUUCAUUCCCAUCCUUAUUCUCCUCAUCUUCAUGCUCCUCCUCCUCCUCCUCCUCCUCUUCCCUCGUACCAAUCUCCUCUUCCGCCUCCAAUUAAGCCCGACCUUCGCUUUCCUGGCCUCGUUGCUCCUCCGUCUUCAGUUCCCGACUCCAAUGGCAUCAGGGAUAAAAGCAGAGAUGACACUCUUUCUGUCAUUCAAGAUCGGAAAGUCAGGAUAACAGAUGGAGCUUCUCUAUAUGCGCUUUGUCGGUCAUGGCUGAGGAACGGUUCUCCCGAAGAAAGUCAGACACGAUAUGGUGAUGCUACAAGGUCUCUUCCAAAGCCUUCACCCAUACCUAUGGCAAGUGUGACUCCGCCAAAGAAGGAAGAAGGCGAUAAAAAAGAAGACAUUGAAGACAAGGAUGAGGAAUCCCUUGAACAUGUAUCACCAGAAGAUCUGUUAAAAAGACAUGUCAAACGUGCUAGAAAGGUUCGAGCACGAUUAAGAGAGGAACGUUUGCGGCGCAUUGCAAGGUACAAGUCUAGGCUUGCUCUUCUCCUUCCUCCACUGGUAGAACAGUUCCGAAAUGAUCUAGCUGCUGGAAAUUAGUGUGUGCAAGCUUUUGUAAGACAUCAUUAACAUGUAGCUUCUUUGAUGCACUUAAACACUAAGUAGGAUUGUCUUUCGCUGUAUAAAUUUGUCUUCUUGUUUUGUUUGUUGCUCAUUUAUUUCACUCUGGUGUAACGUUAACAGUUGUGCCCUUAGACAUUAAAAAUGUUGUUAUGUAAAGAUUUUGGGAAAAGCUUGUGAAC